UGUAGUCGUCGAUUGGUCGCAUUGUUACGGUGCUUCAGUCGAUCGUCUUCAGCCGUGCCGAGCGGAUUGGUCCCACUCGCAAGUCCUGUGUGACAUCUAUUAUAUCUACCACUACUAGCAGUGAAGGAAAAGGACAAGCAAUCAGUGUCGUGUGUAUCUUUGCCCGAAAUUGAGAAACCUAAAGCGAAAUCGAGCGAAAAGGCAUUACGAAACGGAUAUCGAACAAGAACCCAGCGGGGAGGGAUCGCGAUUAGCUUUUAUGUGGUGGUUGUGUCCUCGGUGCCAGAGACUCGGCGUUUUAUGACGCGAUUUACUCGUAAUUUCUCUUGAGAAAAGGCGUCCGUGAGACCUGGACGCACGCAAGUUCGCCGAGCCACCUGUUGUACACUUUUGUCGGUCAAUUGCACUGGACCGACGACGACGACGACGAAAGAAGUUGGUGACCCAGAUGCGUUUUUGAUACCGAGGAUGUGCGGAAGCGAAAUGAAAGAAAUUGAAUCACAUCUUUAAUCUAGUCUGCCUUGAGUGAGUGAAUGAGUGAUGUCUUGCAGUUUGUGCCCAUCGACCCAGAUCCAUCCGGACGAUAAUAAGCGAAACGCCGGAAGCUCUAAUUGUUGCUGGUUUGGAGAGGAGGGCCUGUACCAUUGGCAGGCGAUCCAGCCGCAACACCAACAACAAGGCGAUUCGUGGGUUUUCGGUCUGGAGGACCAAUUCUUUCCGCUCUCUCCGCCGGAAGCAGAGCCGGCGGAAGCAGAGCCACCAAAGGAAACCAGUGCCAUCGAAGGGUUGACUGAUGAGUUUCUGCAGUUUCUCGAAAAGCGGUUGGCUGAAGUCGAUGUAGAAAAGGAAGAUGAUACAGUUCUCCCAGAUUUGCCCGUUAUCGAAACCCCUCCGACAUCCUCGAUCGAAGCCGCAAAGCCCAUUCCACCCAUCCGCCGGCGUCGUCUCCAGCGAUCCGUUUCUCUGCAGGCCGUCAAAGUUACCCCGCCACCGUUAGUCCGCGGCAGGCAUGCCGGAGAAUUUACCGAUGUUCGUCCGGACGUUGGAAUCGGUGGACAACAGGAAUGUAACAAAUCUCGUACGCUUAGUCGAGGUGGCAGCAUAGCCAGCGAUUUGAUUCAACGAGUCAAACGCUGGGCUGCCGUGACGUCGACAUUCCGACGUGCCUUUCGCAAAGUUAGCCCACAUCGGGCUCCCCUUCAAACGUCCUUUACGACCGCCGUUCCGACAACCUGGGACGAUGGAAAGGACGGGCUCAAAUUCUACACGGACCCGGAUUACUUCUUUGACUUGUGGCGACAGGAGAUGCUCAAAGACACUGAGCGCAUCCUCAACGACAAGGGACGCAAGCCGCAUCGAGGCAGAAAUGAUGGCGGUGGUGGUGGUGGUGGAGGCGGAAGCAGCGGAGGCGGUCGCCACAAGAAACGGGUCCGGCAACCGCACAACACUCGGGAAAAGCACCGUGAGCUGGCCAUUAACAAGGGCGAGUACAUUAGCCCACAGAACGCGCUGUACCAGUCGCCUCAGGCGUUGUAUUUGGAGGAUGGAACCAUGUUACCGGAUCCCAGUUCAACAUCACGGCCCCCGCGCCCUAACAGCAUUGAAGUGAAACGUAAUUACCCUAGCGAAGAGGCCAUCUACGCAUCCAGGAACUCGCGUAAUCCGCAAGACAAUGUGUACAGACCUGCCGGAAUUUCUCUGCCGCCUCCGCCUUACGACGACGGCUACCCGCAGUAUCCGCCUCCGCCUUACACUGCCGAUUCGCUGCUGCAGCUUCAGCAGCAGCAGCAGCAGCAACUGCAUCAUCAGGCACAAUAUCACCAGCACGCAGCUGCCGCAGCAUCCAGUCACUAUGGCCCUGGAAUGAUGAAUCACCACAACCGGACGUUGCAACGGACCACAUCAGGAAGGCCCACGCAGCCUCCACCAGCCCCGCCCGGGCAAAUGAAUCACUCGCCCAACACGACGCAGCAGAGUGGGUCGACACCGACCAGAAAUCGCAUGAGCCAUCAGACGUCCAUUGUUGGAACUAUGGGUAGAGAAUCGCUUCCACCACCACCUCCACCACCGUCAGAGACCUAUUCCAGCGCUGAUAGGCUGUCGCAACUGCCCAAUCCGCCGUACAUCUCGUCCGUCAUGGUCAACUCGGGUCCUCCAUCAAGCACUCCUCCUCCUCCUCCACCACCACCUCUGCCACCUUCCGCUAUGCUGAUGCCACCGCGUGAGAGCCGCGAAAGCUCUUCCGAAUCUGAUUUGCCGCUCCCACCGCCUCCUCCGCUUCCUGAUACCGCCCCGCCCGACAUGCGAAUGGCUCCUCCACCGCCGCCACCGCCGCCGCCGAUGCCACUCAGCAGUCCGCCGCGUGACAAUGGUCAUGUUGUGGCUAAUGGCGAUAUCAACAAAUUGUCGAGCACUUCGCCGCCCAAAGGAUCACCAGGAAGGGGAGUGGUUGAAGCGAUUCAAUCAUCGCCUCUGCUGUUGCAAGCGGCCAAAUUGACCCCCCGUGGACCUCCUAUUCCUGUUCCAGCGCUUGAUGGACGGAGUGACCUUCUUAAGGCCAUUCGAGAUGGUAUAUCGUUACGUAAAGUAGAGAAGGGACAGCAACAGCAAGGUGAAAAGGGUCGAAUGGAUGCUCUUCACGAUGUCGCCUCUAUUCUAGCCCGUCGAGUGGCUAUGGAGAUUUCUGAUUCCGAGUCAGGUUCUGACUCUGGUUCUGGGUCAGAUUGGGAUGAUGAGACCAGUGCUUGAUGAUUGUAUACCUUACACGGUGCUCCGUUCUGGUGCAAUUAACCUCCAUUAGGACUUGAAUGGAAAGAAGAAGAGUGGAAUGAUUCAUUUUUCCACGAGACAUGAAUGAGACAGAAAUAAACGCCAUUGAGCAGAUGAUAUUUAGACUCACCAAUUUUGCGAAAACACAACAACAAACUUGAGGCGAUGGGUUGUCGAUUGCGUUGUUAAAUUCAAUCUUCGUGGCCUCCCAGCAUAAAUUCCAAAUCUCCUAAAUGGCACAAAACAAUCGCAUUUCCUUGAAGAAUACACACACACACACUAUCAGCAGUGUUAGUCACUUGUUUCCCCCUUACCUUCUCGUCCAUUUUCCCUCUAUAAAAUUAAGUAAAGAAAAAGAAAAGACAACACACCCCUUUAACAAAUAUUUGUACAGUUGAGCGUCAUUUUUUUUUUCUUCUUCUUCAUUCAUCAGCCAGGAGCUGGGCUUUCGUGUAUUUCUGCUUUCGUUUCAUAUCUUUUCAUGUAUUCUCUGUCAAUGUGCAAGUUCACUCUUCUUUAUUUACCUGAUUGAACCUGUUCGCAUCGAAUCUUGCCCUCUUCCCAUUAAUAAUUAGCAUAUAAUGUAGCUUCUGUACACCCCCACUGUGUUUUGACUCCCAUCCUUUCGUGUCUGUUCAACUUACUCAUAUCUAAACUUUUAACUAAUUAGAUGCGAACCUCGCCCAACAAAUGAGUGUAUAACAGUGAUGAUUUAGGAAUAAACUACAAGACCAUU